AUGUCGGAGAAGGAAUGCGAGCAGAGAGAAGGCAGCCGGCAGCCUGGGGCGGUGACAGUUAGCGACGUCCAGGAGCUGAUACGGCGCAAGGAGGAGAUCGAGGCGCAGAUCAAGGCCAAUUAUGACGUGCUGGAGAGCCAAAAAGGAGUUGGGAUGUCUGAGCCCCUGGUGGACGGCGAAGAUUACCCCCGGGCAGACGUGGACCUGUAUCAAGUCCGAACUGCAAGGCACAACAUCGUCUGCUUGCAGAAUGACCACAAGGCGGUGAUGAAGCAGGUGGAGGAGGCCCUGCACCAGCUGCACGCGCGGGACAAGGAGAAGCAGGCCCGGGACGUGGCCGAGGCCCAGAGUGAGGCCCUGCGCGGCAGGCCUGGCCUGAGCCCCAGCGAAAGCCCCCGCCCCCCUCAGGCCUUCGCCAAAGUGAACAGCAUCAGCCCCGACUCCCCUGCCAGCAUUGCGGGUCUGCAGGUGGAUGACGAGAUUGUGGAGUUUGGCUCUGUAAAUGUUCAGAACUUCCAGUCACUGCAGAACGUGGGCAGUGUGGUGCAGCACAGCGAGGGGAGGCCGCUGAAUGUGACAGUGAUCCGAAGAGGGGAGAGACACCAGCUUCGGCUUGUCCCAACACGCUGGGCGGGAAAAGGACUGCUGGGCUGCAACAUUAUUCCUUUGCAAAGAUGA